AUGGCUUCGAAUAAUCCCAGUGAAACAGAUGCCAAUGAGACUAUGGAGAAAAAGUCGUCCUCAUUCCAAUCGGAGCCGACAAGUCCGCCUCGAAAGCAGGAUCAGCGAAGUGCUUCGCCUGAAUAUGACCCCAAGGCCGGCGAAAAUAGACUACGCCCGGCUGGAGACAUUAUCAACCGCAUUACUUGGGAUUCGGCGUUUGAACGCAGCAACUAUGUCAUUGGAUUCGUGGACCGAUUUGAAGGACAACUGGAAAUCACCAUGGGCAGUUGGAAGAAGGAGACCACCGACGAGGAAUUUAUUCCACAGCAUCGGAAACCGCCCAAUGAAUCAUGCAAUGCUUUACCGAAGACCCUCCCAGAUGCUAGCGCACCCGAAAUCAUCAUGCCUGAGAAGCCGUCGAGGACUUCGUCGAUGUUCAAGGAGGACAAGCACGAUGAGAACAUCGUGCCUGUGACACGUUUCGCGUCAGAAAGCAUGCCUAUCUAUGUUUCUCGGAAGAGUGUGGACGAUUCGCCGUUAACAAAGAUGAAGAAGUUGUAUUACGAAGACGCAUUUACGGCCCGUGGAUCACACAACUCCACCAAGGACCGUGUCACUCAUGAAUCUGUUGUUGUGGUUGAGCUCAAGACCAACACAAAGGCAAAGGAUGAUGCACCCAAGUUACUGUCGGAUUUCGCUCACUUCCUUGCCCAAGUCUACCAACGUCCGGAGACAUCAAUGCUAGUCACUAUAGACCAGAACGCUGACUUGAUUUUCGGAAAUACCUCCGGUUCGGCAUACCUGUUGAAGAUCACCGCUCUCUCGAGUUUGAUUGGACCGCUCACCAAUAUCCGUAACACGGGCCUAAUUCAAUCAAAUAUCCAAGAGAUGUUUGGCAUUGUGCCUGACAAAGGUGUUGUGAUCUACACCCCAGCAAGCGAAGACAAUCUUGCAACCAAUGGGACGACCGCCAGGAAUGAGAUCGACCGCCUCGAACGAAUGGAUUCUGGCAAUAGCCCCUCGAUCUUCAAGUCUAUUUCGCGAUCGAUGAGUCGUCGCAUGAAAACGAGUAGCGGCAAUAGUGUUCCAAUUUCGCUCACUUCAGUCAUGAAUCCUGACGUCACAACCCCUACUUCAACUUCUCCCGUCACUUCAAGUCAGGUCCCUCCGCUGAGGCCACAUCAAGCAGAUAAAAAAAAGCCGGUAGAGUCACCAAAGGGUGAACCAAUGCAGCAGGCUUUAGCCAAGGACGAAAAACCCGAACGAACCUUGAAGAAGAGAGAGAGCUUGAAGAGUUUUGUUAACCGUCGUCUGGGCGAAUUGGGCGAGCUGACCACAAUGAAACCAUUCACAGCCACAAAGGGAAAGAAGGAUUGA